AUGGGUAAGAGCGAUCAUUGUGCAAUUUUUGGUUGUAACAACGAUCGUCGAUACAAAGAAAAGUAUGUUUUGAAAGAUCAUAUUUAUAAGACUUUUAGUUUCAGCGAAUUAAAAUUUUUUACUUGUAAAGAGAAAUAUUUUUCCACAUGGAGUAAAAUUAUUAACAGAGAAAUAGUCGAUCCUUUAACAAAAAAAAGAAAGCUAUAUGCUGUAAAUAAGAAUACAAAAGUAUGUGCAAAUCAUUUUGAGUAUGGGAAGCCAACUGAGCUAUCCCCUCAUCCAAAGUUAUAUUUGAAAGGAUACGAAAUAUCUUCUCCUCAAAAUAAAAGAAAAUUACCAAUUCCUCGAUAUACACCUACUACAGUUUCUAAAAAACAUAAAAAUACACAUUUUUCAAGUACCUGUACCACUACUAGUAGCAGUAACAAUAAUGACAAUAUUCCCCAACAGUCUUCUCUGUCAAUAUCUCCUCCAUGUCUAUCAUCAACAGCAUCUAAUCAGCAACUUUCUCCACAACAAAUCGAUUUAAUUACUAACACACCAGCAACUUAUCUAACACCAACAACACUUUAUAAACAAAGUAGUCAUAAAAGAUUAACAUGGGAGGCAGUGCGUUCUUUACCCAAAGUCAUAAAAUUGUAUACUGGGUGUCCCACUGAAAAUGUUUUUUUAUAUAUUGUUAGUCGUGUUCAAGCUAAACAUAAAAAAGUGUCUUAUUUUAUGGAUUAUAAACGUUCAUUUGAACCAAAGCAAUAUCAGUUUAGUCCUGCUAGUAAACCUUCAAGUACAGGGAAACCUGGUCCAGCACGACAGCUUUUUGUUGAAGAUGAAGUGUUACUUACUUUAAUGCCCCGAGAACUUGAACCAUUAAUUUAUUGGCCUGCUCCAGAAGAAACAUUAAGUUUUACACAUCCUCAUUUUAUUGGAGAUUUCGUUUAUGUUGAAGGUAUUGGUGACUGUACUGAACAAACUAUUCAAAAACCUGCUAAUGCUAAAGCUCAAUAUCAAACAUAUAGUUCUUAUAAAAGUAGAAACACAUUAAAAAAACUUAUAUUUUGUACUAAAGGCGGUUCUAUCUCUUUUGUUUCUAAAGGUUACUCUGGAUCUUCCUCAGAUCGUUUUAUCACUAAAGAUUGCAAUGUUGCAAGAAGAUUCACUCCUGGUUUUAUUGCACUUUUUGAUAAAGGUUUCAAUGUUCAAGAUUUAUUUCUAUCAAGGCAGGUAAAAGCUGUAAUUCCACCAUUUUUACGUAGUAAGCGACAGUUUACACCCUCUGAAGUGUAUCAUUGCAAGCGCAUAGCACGUGCAAGAAUACACAUUGAACGUGUCAUUGGAAGGCUGAAAGAAUUUCGACUUCUAAAGAACACUCUGCCUAUCACAUUAGUCCCUCAAUUCGAUGAUAUAUGGAUAAUUGCUGCUGCCAUUGUUAACCUGCAACCACCUCUUGUAAAAGCAACAGCAGUAUAA